CGGUGUUGCUCUAGGAUCGCAAUAUUCGAUCGCUUGUGUGGAGAAAGGUUCCUCCGGUGCCGAGGGCUAGCGCCACCCUAGUGGCCAGCCUCGGCAGGGCCCAGAGCGAAGCCGUGAGAUUGUCGCGAGGGCUAAGAGAGUGUACGAACUUCAAUGUUGCAGCCGCUUGCAACUGCUCCUUAGCCUUACCAACCCAACUUCUGGCCGCUCCGACGUUCGCUCCUCAUGGCAGGCAUCCUCGAGCCGUUCGGUGUUCACAUCGACGCAAGCAACUCGUUCGUGCAGGCUGCUGUCUAUGGCUUCCUGCUCGUAGGCGUUGCAUCUUUUGCAGCACCAGUCAUUAGCACCAUUCGAGUUCUUCUCAGCUUGUUUGUGCUGCCAGGUAAAUCUCUGAGCACAUUUGGACCCCGCGGUACCUGGGCCCUAAUAACUGGUGCCUCUGACGGCAUUGGCAAGGAGUUCGCCCUCUCCCUCGCAGCCAAGGGCUACAAUCUCAUCCUCGUUUCGCGUACGCAAUCGAAGCUCGACUCUCUCUCCGCCGACAUCACAUCCAAGUAUGGCCCUAAAAUCGCCGUCAAGACGUUGGCUAUGGACUUUGCGCUGAACAAAGAUGCCGACUACAACAACAUGAAGAAGCUCAUUGACGGUCUCGACGUUAGCAUCCUGGUCAACAAUGUUGGCUUGAGCCACAGCAUCCCAGUACCGUUCGUCGAGACACCCAAGCAGGAGAUGAACGACAUCAUCAUGAUCAACUGCAUGGCCACGCUUCGCGUUACGCAACUUGUUACCCCCGGCAUGGUGUCUCGCAAGCGUGGAAUCGUCCUCACCAUGGCCUCCUUUGGCGGCUUCUUCCCUACCCCGCUCCUCGCAACCUACUCGGGUAGCAAGGCUUUCCUACAACAAUGGUCCACCGCGCUUGCUUCCGAACUCGAGCCCCACGGCGUGUACGUUCAAUGUGUCCAGUCUCACCUCGUCACCACGGCCAUGUCCAAGAUCCGCAAGACGUCCGCACUCGUUCCGAACCCCAAGCAAUUCGUAAACGCAACACUGAGCAAGAUUGGAAGGAGCGGAGGCGCACAAGGUGUGGCUUUUACGAGCACACCGUACUGGAGUCACGGACUCAUGCACUGGUUCCUUUCGCGCUUCUUGGGUGAGCGCUCGGAUACUGUUGUCAAGGUGAACAGGGGCAUGCACGAGAACAUCCGGAAGCGUGCGCUACGAAAGGCUGAGAGGGACGCUAAGAAGCAGUAAGCUGUCCGCUUGGUGGACCUGUCUUCUGAACCCCAUAACGAGUCAACUCGAAUCUCAACUACUUGAGAUGCUUCCGGAGUGGGUGCUUUCGUCGAGCUCCACUACUUAUCGAUGUAAUGUUCAAAUGCGCAAGGGAAUGCGUUUUUCGCGAUCUACCAAUGUGUACGAAUAUAAAUUCACACAGAAUAAGCAUUCAACUAAGACCCCUGCGCCGUGCUAUAGCAACAAGGAUAUAACUACACCGCUUUCUCCA